UGGAGCCCCCGACCUGCCACCCCAGGGUUACAUUGUGAGACUCGUUGGCGGUGGGUUGCGGAUGAAUUCAGUAUAAGUGAAUUAUAGUGAUUAUUCAGAAUGCUUCCCUUAUCAUUGCUUAAGACAGCCCAGAACCACCCCAUGCUGGUGGAGUUGAAGAAUGGGGAGACGUACAACGGGCACCUGGUGAGCUGUGAUAACUGGAUGAACAUUAACCUGAGGGAGGUCAUCUGCACAUCCAGGGAUGGUGAUAAGUUCUGGAGGAUGCCGGAGUGUUACAUACGAGGCAGCACCAUCAAGUACCUGCGGAUCCCGGAUGAGAUCAUUGACAUGGUGAAAGAGGAGGUGGUGUCAAAGGGCAGGGGUCGCGGUGGCAUGCAGCAGAACAAGCAGCAGCAGCAGCAGAAAGGCCGUGGGGCUGGAGGUGCAGGCAGAGGUGUGUUCGGUGGGCGUGGCCGAGGCUUGGCAGGUGCAGGUGCAGGUGCAGGUGGCCGAGGGCAACAGGAGAAGAAACCUGGGAAACCUCCAGGAGGAAAGAACCAGCACUGAGAGGCCCAGCCUGUCCGCCUGUGUGUGCUGGACCUCCCACACAGCAAUGUGAAGGACACUACCUGACUGUGUUCUACUUCAUGUCAAAGCUACAUUGUGGUUCUACUGAACGGAAGUCCAUGUUUUGUUUCAUCAAUAGCCCUGCAAGUUAGAAUAUGUUAACUAGUGUAUUUUUCUGUUUUUGGGAGGAAGCGGGGGUGGGUGGGUGAAGUGAAGUAAAGCCUAAUUUAGGGGUUGGAAACCUGACAUUUUUAAUAAAGGCAUACAUCAGCAUAACUUUCUCAUUGUGCCUUUUAGUGUUCUAGGGGUCAUUUCCAUGAAGCUGAGCCCUUUCUUCUUCUACAACACUUACAAGUUCACUUGUAAGACUCCAUAUGCUGCCCAUAGGAAGCUAUGUGGGAGUCUGGAUGUGGGGUUAUAUUACCUGAACUACAGGAAGGAAGUCAGAGGGACUGAGCACAAUGGUGAUAUGCAUAAUGACUUUAACAGGACUUCAGCUGGCAAAGUAGUUAUUAAAUACAGUGUUCACAAAACAGAUCUGCUUGAUUUAUUGUUGGUAUUCCAUUGAUUGCAAUAGUUUUCAUUUGUAAUAUUUGUUUUAGCUAUACUUUACAUGUACACACAUUGCAAUUUAAAAAGAAAGUGGUAUUCAAAGUGAUAUAAAAUGGGGGUGGAAAUGCACCACAAAUGCAUGUGCGUGAUAUUAACCAGAGUGUGACAAUACCUGAAGUGAUGUUAUCUGGAGCUUAUCCCCACUGACUCCCAUUCUAUUCAGAUCAGGACAUUUCAGUGUGGUGAAGGUAAGCAAGUAAGUGAUAUUAAGCAGGUUUGACAUUCAUUGAACUUGGUGUUGUGGCAGGUCUGGAACACAUUAAGGGAGACUGUUAUGCUAAUAAUGGCCAGAGACUUCACUACAGCUUUGGGUCUUGUUCUAAUGAAUGUAUUGUGUCCUGGGGGCAUCACUUGAUGCAUGCAGUAAUGGACAGGCCAGUGCUCUGGUUCCAGAUCACACUUCACCUACAGGUAGAUUUGUACUGUGUGUUUGUGUCUUCUAGUCUUGCCUGAAGUUACGCUGCGAGUUGCUUGGGUUGUGCGAACUUGUUCAAAUAAGUAAUCCUUUAUUUUAUAUUAUUAUUAUUUGUAAAUCCUUAUUUUUAGGACAGAAAUUUAAGCUAGUAUGCCCUAUUGUGGACAGAAAUGCAAGUUUAGCUAACGUCGAGAGGAGUCUGUUUCAUAUCGGUGCAUCUUUAAGAAAGAAGGUGUUGAAUUGGUUCUGAAAAUGAAAUGGACAAGACAUUUUGAUACAGUUCAUAGAGAUCAGUAGUUCUCCUAGGUGGCAAUCAUGAUGUUUUUACUUUUAAGGAAGUAGCCAUUCUUGUGCAAGGUGAUUACUCCUAGUUUUUGGCAGACAGUAUGUUUUGUUAUUUAGUCUGUUGAUUAGAAAGACAGAAACUCCCUCAGUUUACUUGGAAAAUUAAUCCAAUUUUUUCCUUUAUAGAGUGAUAAAGGCAUGCUAAGCAAGGUUUACAUACAGUGCAUUUAUUUGAAGCCUUGUCAGCCACUCCUUUGUGUUGCCUUUGGGCAAACUUAAGACAAUUGAUUAUCACGCCGCAUUGAAGCUGUGUAACCAAGGGUUCAAACAGCAUUGUAUUGCUUCUAGUUAGCUUAAUAACAUAACUGUCCCCAGUUUAUUGAGGUGAGAAUCUUCAGUGUAUUUAUUUUUUUACGUUCAUGCAGUGGAUUUCAAAUACAGCACUAUAAAUAACCCCAGAGUCCUGAUCUGGUAGCCACUAGAUCAUUAAUGACUUUGAGUAGGGCAGUUUGAACUACAAUACAUGAAGUGACAGCAACGUCCUCUAUAGCAUUGUCUUAACAUCUGAAAUUAAGCAAAAAAAAAACUAAGAUUGUCAAUAGAAUUGAAGGGGGGCCAGUGAUAUUAUUGCUAGAGCUUAUAGAGAAAUAAUGAAACUUUCCCAUUUAAAAAUUAAGCUAUAAAAUACCAGGACAAAACCGGAUUUUUCAGUAAGCCGCCUUCAUUAAUAAAAGUGCUUUAAACUAGGGGUGUCAGCCUUGCUGGUUUACAUAGUGGUCUACAAAGUAGGCCUUUUUUAUAUUCAACAUUUCUGCAAUCCUUUCCAUGUACAAUGAAAUGCUGUAUGCAUACACAAGUGCAUGCUGCAAUACUGUAUAACAUAGUGAUGGAGAACUUUUAUGGUUACAGACAUUCUCAAUAUUUUAAAACCUAAACAUGUUAAAAGCUGAAGUUGAAGAAAUGAAAUGGAAACAGACAGCCCUAGUUUAGACCUCUUGUUUGCUCCUGUGGUUCUGAUGGUGAGGAUUCAGUUUGAACACGCCUGCUUGGUAAACUGCUUCAGGAUGGGCAGAUAGAAAUGGUUUCUUUUGGAACCAGUGCAUGUUUACACCUAUUUUUUGUUGAAACCACUGUUUUAAGUUCACUCCCAUGAGCUGACAUGACUCACAUAUUCUGUGCACUUAGCUAGAGUAAAUAGGAAGAUAUUCGCAUAGUAAAAUCCAGCAGUAGGGAGGGAGUGGCUGUGUAAUUAAGUUUUCUGUGUGUUACAAGAUAAAGAGCUUGCUUGUUUAAAUCACCCCCUUGUAUUUCCAAAUCUGUUUUGAAACAAGAGUUUUGGUUUAUUUGUGAAAUGUUUAAUUUACAGACUUUUCCUACAAUAUUUGAUUUGAUAUACAGUAGUUCUUGUAAAUACGUUUUCAAGGAUUUUUGUUUUUUUAAUUUAAUAAAAAUAUAUAAAAAUGAC